AUGAAGGCGACUUCCCCAUCACGUUCAGAGGCAUCAACGGCGAGUCCCAGAAGUUUGGCUUCAUAUGAUUCCGACGGAGAUUCAGACAUGGAUCCGGGUCCGCAAAUUCCAGUUGCGGGGCCAGAGAAAGGGUUCUUCGCCGGGUUGUCGGAGGAGUGCAACUUGCUUGUGUACCUCCUCAAAGACAACCUCAAUACCGGUGCAACCCCUAUCGUCGUCAUGUACCUCGCCACAGCCACUGCGACCACCGGGGCUACCUGGAGCGGCGCCCUCGUUGCCGCCAUGAUUGGUCUUCUCUACCAGACCUUGUUCGACCUCGUGAACCAGUGGAGAGGUGUUGAGGAGGACAUUGUCAACAAACCUUGGCGGCCCAUUCCACAGGGCUUGAUGACUGUUUGUGGGUGCAAGAUGCGCAUUGGUGCUGUGGCCAUGGCAUGUCUGGCCGCAUCGUACCCUUACGAGCUGGCAAUGCCGUGCGUCUUGUGCUUUGCGGCAACAUUCGGCUAUGCGGUUGGAUGGGACAAGAACUUCAUCUUCAAAGCUUUCGUGUUCAUGCCCAUGAUCUUCAUGAUCCACUUUUACGUGCCCACUCGUUUGGCGCUCGGACGAGCUUCUGAUAGCAAAGCACUUUGGAAUUGGGUGGUCAGUUUCGCGGCCUACUACUCAAUUCCUUUUUUGCUUCAAGACCUUCGUGACGUCAAUGGUGAUGCCAAAUCAGGGCGUCGGACACUUCCAGUUUUGCUAGGUGCCCAAAACUUUCGAGCCAUGUUGUUUGUGUUAGUUGCCGUGCUAUCACCGCAGGGGUUUUAUGGGCUGCUGGAAGCUUUGUGGGCCCAGCAGCCGUGCUUGGCGUUGGUGUGCACUUUGUGGAAUUCCCUUUUCGCCCUAGCAAUCUUGUAUAUGCUCGCUACUAGUGACAGCGUGAAAGCAGACAGGCUCGCGUACAAGCUGGUGGUUCUCAUGUAUACAUUUGGUACAGCCCCUUGCUUCUACUUCAUUGUCCCCUCUGUUCUUGCGUCAGAAGUACCGCCUGGAUGUUCCAAAUAG